AUGGAUACACUAUCUUCAGGUGUUGCACAGGCAGUUCAAGUGUAUACCAAAGGAACCAAAGCUUGGUUUGUGGAUGACGAUGAGGCUUGGGUAUCUGCUUCCGUGAUCUCAAGAGAAGAAACUCCCACUGGCGUCAAGAUUAUCUUUCAGGAUGAUAAAGACGAAGGAAGGGAACAUGUAUUUGAAAGCACAUAUACGAUAUUAGAGAAGCAAAAAGGUGCCAACCUACCACCUUUAAGAAACCCUCCUCGAUUGGAGAAUACCGAAGAUUUGACUAACUUGAGUUACCUUAAUGAACCUUCAGUAUUGCAUACCAUUCGUACGCGUUAUUUUCAAAGAAAUAUCUAUACCUACUCUGGUAUUGUAUUGAUUGCAGCAAACCCAUUCGCAAGUGUACCUUUAUAUGAACCUGAUAUCAUUCAACAAUAUUCUGGCAAAAGACGCGGUGAAUUAGAACCUCACUUGUUUGCUAUUGCCGAAGAUGCUUAUAGAUGCAUGGUCAGAGAAAAAUCAAAUCAGACAGUGGUUGUCUCUGGUGAAAGUGGUGCUGGUAAAACUGUUUCAGCCACUCAUAUCAUGAGAUAUUUUGCUACAGCAGAUGACCAAGAAUCAGGCAAAAUCAAAGACACAGCGCAAGGCAUGACAGAGGUUGAAGAACAAAUUAUGGCCACAAAUCCUAUUAUGGAAGCAUUUGGUAAUGCUAAAACCACUAGAAACAACAACAGUUCAAGAUUCGGUAAAUACAUUGAGAUUCAAUUUGAUAACCGAAACAACAUUGUGGGUGCAAAAAUCAGAACUUACCUUUUAGAGAGAUCAAGAUUAGUUUUCCAGCCUGAAUCAGAAAGAAAUUAUCACAUCUUUUACCAGCUUUGUUUGGGCGCACCUUCUAAUGAAAAGAAAGAAAUGGAACUAGGCGAUUGGAACAAAUUCCACUACUUAAAUCAAAGCGGUGUUGGCACUAUUCCAGGAGUAGAUGAUGUAGCUGAAUUCGAAUUAACUCAGAAAUCACUUUCACUGGUGGGUAUUUCUGUUGAAGCCCAGUGGCAACUCUUUAGACUUUUGGCUGCUUUGCUUCAUAUCGGUAAUAUUGAAAUCGGUGGUCGAAAUGACGCUACUUUAGCAGACGAUCAACCUGCACUCAUCACAGCAACUAAACUACUCGGUAUCAAGACAUCCGAGUUCCGAAAAUGGCUGUUGCGCAAACAAAUCAUUACCAGAGGUGAAAAAAUUGUGUCCAACUUGAAUCCUACACAAGCACUUGUUGUUAGAGAUUCAGUCGCUAAAUACAUUUAUGCCAGUUUGUUUGAUUGGUUAGUCAAGGUUGUUAAUGACAGUCUGUCUUGUCAGGAAGAAGGCCUUGUACGCACAUUCAUCGGUGUAUUGGAUAUUUACGGUUUUGAACAUUUUAAAAAGAAUUCAUUUGAACAAUUUUGUAUCAACUAUGCUAACGAAAAGCUUCAACAACAAUUCAAUCAGCAUGUAUUUAAGCUUGAACAAGAAGAAUAUGUCAAGGAAAAGAUCGAAUGGAAGUUUAUUGAAUUCAGUGAUAAUCAGCGUUGUAUUGAAGUCAUUGAAUCCAAGUUGGGUAUUUUAUCACUUUUGGAUGAAGAAUCAAGAAUGCCUUCCGGUACAGACCAAGGCUUCUGUAACAAGCUAUUUGCUAGUUUCUCAGAUCCCAAAUACAAAGACUAUUUCAAGAAACCUCGUUUCUCCAACAGUGCAUUUAUUGUCUGCCAUUAUGCUCAUGAUGUCGAAUAUGAUUCUGAAGGCUUCCUUGAUAAGAAUAAGGAUACUGUGCCUGAUGAACUCUUGAAUUUGUUGCAGAAUGCAGAAUCCAAGUUUUUGGUAGACAUGUUGGCCACUGCGACUGCUGCUGCCACCGCUGCUGCACAAGAAGUUAAGCCUGCACCCGUUAAAAAAGUCGGUAUGGGUGUGGCUAAGAAGCCUACGUUGGGUUCUAUCUUCAAGCUUUCUUUAAUCAGUUUGAUGGACACGAUCAAUGCCACUAAUGUGCAUUACAUUCGUUGUAUUAAACCUAAUGAAGCCAAGGUUGCAUGGGGCUUUGAGCCUAACAUGGUCUUAUCUCAAUUACGUGCUUGUGGUGUACUGGAAACUAUUCGUAUCAGUUGUGCUGGUUAUCCUUCUCGUUGGACAUUUGCUGACUUUGCUGAUCGUUUCUAUGCCUUGGUUAAUUCGAAAUAUUGGGACCCUAAUCUUUCACCCGACAUCAAUCAGCUAUGUAAGGUUAUUUUGGACAAGUACAUUCAAGAUCAAGAUAAGUACCAAAUUGGUUCGACCAAGCUCUUUUUCCGAGCUGGCCAGCUUGCUUAUUUAGAAAAAUGUAGACGUGAACGUUGGGACGAAUGCACCAUUUUACUUCAAAAGAACAUGCGUCGUUUUAUUGUUCGUAUCAAUUACCUUCGUAAGCUCGAACUUAUUUCUCGCCUUCAACGUGUUGCAAGACAAAAGAUGGGCGUGCGCAAGAUUGAGCUUGCCAAACAAGCUAUUGCUGCCACCAAGAUCCAAACUGAAUGGCGCCGAUACAUUCAACGCAAGCGCUACUUGAAGCAACGUAUGUUUGUGAUCCAAUUACAAGCUGCUGCCAAGGCUCAUUUGACCCGUAAAACAUUUGCUCAUAUUCGGGAACAUUUUGCAGCCAUCAAGAUUCAAAGUCUUAUGCGUGGUUGGCAAGUACGCAAAGAAUACCAAGCCAAGCGCAACCAUGUCAUCAAACUUCAGACGUGCAUUCGUGUACGUUUGGCUCAACAGCAAUUGAUCACACUUCGACAAGAUGCUCGUUCAGCCAACCAUUUCAAAGAAGUCUCUCUUGGUCUUGAAAGUAAGGUGGUUGAAUUGACCCAUAACAUUACACAACAUAAGGAAGAGAAAGAUCAAUUGAGAAACAAGGCUACCAAUUUAGAGAAACAGGUAAAGGGCUGGGAAGAGAAAUAUGAAAAGUUGGACAAGAAGGCCAAAGAUCUUGAAAAAUCGUUGGAGACACCUUCCGGUCUUGAACUUGAGCUCCAAAAUCUCCAAACUGAACGUAACAGUCUACAGGCUGACUAUAGAAACUCUUUGGACCGUAUCAAAAAGCAAGAUAUCGAGAUUGCUCGUCUGAAUGAAGAUCUGGCUAAACAAAAGGAAGAAAUCACUAAACUUAAGCAAGUCAGUCAUCAGCAACAGCUUCGAUCUCCCGUCAGUCCAGGCGGUGCUUUCUCUUCUUCUGCUGGUGAUGAUGAAGUGGCCGAACUCAAGAGUCAGAUUGUUGCCUUGAAGGCUCAGCUUUCUCAGUCCCUCAAGAAUCAUCCUAAGCGACAAGCUUCGAUGAAUGCUUAUCGUACCUUGUCUCCUCAGCGUGAACGUCGCGGUAUGUCGCCUGAUUAUAACCGUGGUCGUUCGCCCAGUGCUGAUCCUCGUGCUCGCUCACCUAGUGCAUUGGCAAACAACAUACGUCGUAGUAGUAUUGGUGAGAGAAGAACAGACAUUAUCCCCAACAGCAAAGAAGUUGUCUAUGCUGAACCCGAACAAAUGUUACCCAAGCAAAUUGGUCAACGUGGCAGUCUAGACGCUGAAAAGAUUGGUAAUCCUGAAGAAGCCAUUAACAACCUUUUGCAAGAUAGCGAGACAUUAGAGGAAGAGAUCAUUGAAGGCUUGAUUCAUGCACUCAAGAUUGUGCCUCCUGAAAUGCAAAAAUUACCUGCUCGUGAAGAAGUUUUGUUCCCUGUUCAUAUUAUUGGUAAAUGUGUAACUCAAAUGUGGCGUCUUGGCUAUUUGGUUGAAUCCGAAAGAUUGUUGUUUAGAGCCAUGGACACAAUUCAAAAAGAUUGUUUGUCCUUUAUUGGUGAAGAAACCAUUGUGCCUUGUUCUUAUUGGUUAAGUAAUACGCAUGAAUUAUUGUCGCUUGUCUACUCUGUUGAACAAGAACUUGAGAGAGAAAUGCAUUAUAACUCUAUCCAUGGUCGUCGUGCUGUAGGCUGGCAUGACUUCGAGAAACUUGUGUCUACUAUGAAAUUCGAACUCCAAUGUCUUCAAGACAACAUCUAUCACCACUGGUUAUCUGAACUCAAGAAGAAACUCAACAAGAUGGCUAUUCCUGCUGUGAUUGAAAAUCAAUCUUUGCCUGGUUUCAUUGCCAGUGAUUCUAACCGUUUCUUUGGCAAGAUCCUGUCAAGCAAUAGUCAACCUGCUUUCUCUAUGGAUGAUUUACUCAACUUUUUGAACCGCAUUUACCGUACUAUGAAGAGUUAUUAUGUUGAACCUUAUGUGAUUGAACAAGUCUUGACCGAGUUACUCAAGUUGAUUGGUGUCACUACAUUCAAUGAUCUUGUAAUGAGACGUAACUUUAAUUCUUGGAAAAGAGCUAUGCAAAUCCAAUACAACAUUACACGCCUAGAAGAAUGGUGUAAGGCACACGAUGUGUCUGAAGCAACCAAUCAAUUAGAACAUUUGAUGCAAGCUACUAAAUUACUGCAACUUAAGAAGGCCACUUUAGAUGAUAUCAAGAUUAUUUAUGAUGUGUGCUGGUUCCUUGCUCCUACUCAAGUACAAAAACUAAUUCAAAACUACUCUGUAGCUGAUUAUGAAGAACCUAUUAGUAAUGAAAUCUUGAGAGCUGUUGCUUCUCGUGUCAGCAGUAGUGAUACAGGCGAUAUUUUAUUGUUAGAUAAUGUGUCUAUUGAAGAUAGUGACUAUGAUCAACCUGAACCACAUAAUGUUGUUGCUAGCUCUUAUAUCCCCACCUAUGUAAGUACAAAAAAAAAAAAAGCUCUAUUGUAUAGUUGUUCUAACAUGGAUUCUCUAGUUGAAUUUGCCACAUGUCCAAAAACUAGUUGCUCUUGUUAA